AUGUAUCUACAUAAGGACAAGAGACCCAAAAGAUUCAACCCUAAAAGAACACAUACAUUGACGCAUCUCGCGGAUAAUGGCGGACAGAGAUACAUACCUGAAUACAAGUUUGAGCAAAAGAAAAAUAGGCUCGUAUCGACCGGAGCUUGCAGAUGCAGAGAUUCAGCGGAGAAAAGGAAGAAACCCUAG